AUUCGGCGUUCUUCCACUCUUCAAAUGCGUUGAAUCCGUCUCUUUCCUAAUCGCUUGGGAGCAUGACCACAAGCUCAACAUAUGUGUCGUUGCUGAUAGUAGCAUUCAUAGUGGUCGUCUCUUACUAUUUCUACAAAAAUCACAAGUAUCUGACCUAUGUGGAAACGUCGGACACAUUCGACCAGCUUUAUCUAUCCCUCGCUCCCACAAUGUUGAGCUCGAUUAUGGAAAACACCUGCAAGUGGCCGGUGCUCCCAACUGUGGAAGUGAAAGUGCCGAAUUUCUCGCAUCGUUCCAAGUUCAUUCGUUGUACUGCCAUGAAUCCACUAGCCGAACUUGACGACUAUGGAUUUUUGGAAAUUUUUCUACCUACAGAGGAAGAAAAAUCUUCUAUAAGGUGCACGUAUCAACCCAUAUCAAACGUAUCGUUCGUUUUGGGAACGCCUAAAGAGAUUGAAUUCAACCAACCCACGCAGAUAUAUCACGAUCAGUUUGUCGUACGAUGUCGCAACAUUUCAUCACCACAGAAUGUUAUCUACGAAAGGGCAUUUAUUAAUGUGCCUUAUCCUUCGGGACCAGCAAAGCAACCGAAGUUUGUCAAAAGCAACUGGGAGUACCCCUCGCUGGCCUUGCUGAUUUUCGAUUCGGUGUCAUUGAAUCAGUUCAAAGCGACUAUGCCACGUACUUGGAAAUUCCUUGUGGAUAACGAUUUCGUCGCUAUGAACAUGUACAACGAGGUAACGCAUGACAUAAACAGCAAUAUCUUGUCUAUUUUGAAAGGAGGAGAAGAAAAACAGUCAGAGGAAACUUUUUUGUGGGACGUUAUGAAGGAACGUCAGUGCAAGACUUAUCUCAGCGAAGAAAUUGGUGAUUUUCCUUCGGUGUUGGGUAAUAUGAGCCUUGACGUCGAACACGAUCUGAGACCUUUUCAUGCUUACGCUCACGCCACCAGUGAAGGGGUUUGCACUAAAGAUGGACAUGUUGGUGCCCAAGAGAACAUAAAAUUUUGGAGGAAGGCUCUGCUACAUUCCAAAAACCGCUGCCACUUCUCAAUGCAUCACAUGCGAGCUUUAACGAGAGAUCCAGAACUUUUACCUCUGCUUGACCAAGAACUAAGAGAAUCGCUGGAAGCACUCAAAGCAAAUGGCUUGUUCGAGGACACGGUUUUUGCAUUGCUGAGUGGUACAGGAAAUCCGCCAAGGUUGAAGGAUCAGCUGUUCACUUCACGUGUGGAAGAGCGAACGCCACUAUUCACGAUCAAGCUACCAGAGAAAUUUCUCAGAAAACACUAUCACUCUCGCGCCUCUUUACAGUCAAAUGCAAACAGAUUGGUAGCCACUAAAGACAUCGGUAUAACACUUAUGGAUAUCGCCUCUGGCAGUCCACUGACAUUCGUCAGUUAUAACUUGAAAAAUGAACCUCUCAAUGGCACCUCUCUGCUGACUUAUGCUAUUCCGACCUACCGAUCUUGUGAUGACGCAAAUGUUCCUCCGCACAUGUGCCUUUGCAUGGACGAUAAAGCAUUGCUAACUGAGGAUUACUCAAGCAACUCAUUUAUAUACAAUCAACUGUUCGAAUACGUGAAAACAGAAGUGCUAAAGAAUGACUGCAUUGACGAGGUCAUCAACUGCUACGAGGGCAAAUGCGACGCGAAUGUGAGAGUGCUAUCAUUAAAUCCAAUGGUUCAACAAGGAAUCAGGGAUGAGAGAGAUUGGAGGGAGGUGAGAAAAACGCAGUACGAUAUGGGAAUGAACUACGUCGAGAUUUUAGUACUAGCUCAAGCAGCACCACAUAAUCCUUCCCUGAUGAACAUAGACAAGAUGAGAGUUGUCCUCCGCAUGCGUUUUCGAUUUACUCGAAAGACAGGCUUUGAACCAGUAGGCUCGCCAACAGUAGCGAAUGCGAAUCAUCAAUGUCACGCCAAAAGGAUAGAGCAGUACUGCGAGAUGUGUUACUACAACAGCCUCUUGACAGAUCCACAAAUCUGAGAAAAAUGCGCAGUAAAGGAUUUCUGCGAGACACAAUUCAGCUUGGAACCUUGCGCCCAUUGUGUAUCAAUGGUUUAUAAGCAUACAAUGCAUAAAACUCCAAUGACUCUCACAAUUACUGCCA